GCAGUAAACCCGUUCCAGAGUCUGGAGGGGAGAGAGAGACUGUGUGUGUCAGUGUGUGUUCAAUCGCCAUAGCUAGUAUCGUGCGAAGAGAGAGAAGCGACCGCCGAAGAUCUCAUCUCCAGACUGCUCACAUUGCGUAAGAACACUCUACUCCAUUGGAAGUCUCUUGAAUCCCUUCAAUUUCUGCACCUUUGUUGUCGUUUCCAUGCUACAAUUAACUUCAGAUUAAUCCGAAGAAACAGCUCCCGAGCUGCGAGAGUUGAAUUUCCUUUUGAUUUUCUAGUUUAUUUUGCGCACACUCGCUAGAUUUUUCUUUCGCCGUUUUUCGGGAUUGAACUUUGAUUGGCGGUCCUCAAAUUAGGGUUCCCCAAUUUUUUUUAUUGGUUCGUGCCUCUACUCCUGCUAAAAGAUUAGGUCUUUUCAUGGGUUUUUAACAUCGCUUUUAUUUGGGGCGCGCUGAGGACUUCGGUUGGGAUCGUGGAACUCAUAAAUUAUUUGCUGGAUCUAAGCUUUCCAAGGGUGUGAUUUUUCAAGGGUUUUGAUUUUUGUGAAAUUAGGGCUUUUCAAGGGUUGUUGCGUUUUAUUAGGCGCGCUAAAUAUUUCGGUUGGGAUCAUCGGACUAUGUAAGCUUCCCAAAGGUGUGGGUUUUUUUGGGCGGAGUUUCAUUUAUUUUGCUGUCUCCAGGUUUGUGGGGUUUUGCUGUGAGAAUUAUAUAGCUUAAAAUCAGCAUUAGAAAAAAUUGGGGUUUUCAUUCGCCAUUUUACACUAAGGAACGGUUUUCAGGGGCUGUGCAGUUGAAGAAGGUUGGAUUUUUCUUUAUCGUAGAUGUUUGGUUGACUUUCAGAGGCUUGAGUAAAAUUGAGUCAACUAAUAUAUUAGAUAAAUAUGUCUGUAAAUAACAAUAACCCGCCCAAGAGCCUGGGGACAUCUUCAUCCCCCUUUGGCAAUCCCGGAAUUGUUCCCCCAACAUUGUCUGUUAACCCCACAUCCCAUCUCCAUGGGCAGUCUCAAGCUCAAGCACAGCUUGGGGCUGGCUUUCCUGGUCAGUUUCAGUUGUCCCAGGCUCAAGUGCAGGCAAUUGCUGCGCAGUCAAAAGUUCAAGCUCAUCAACAAGCUCAAGCAGCCCAUGCCCAAUUUCAAGCUCAUUUACAAGCUCAAGGUUUGUCCCUAAACCAGUCACAAAGCAUUGGGAUUGGAAAUUUAGGUGCAGCUUCUCCUUCCAUGAUGGCACCUGGGAGCGCAAAUGCAAAGCGGGCCAUGCAGAAACCCCCAGCACGACCUCCCGGCUCCUCAGCUACCAACACAAUUUCACCUUUGAAAGCUAUGGAACUUACACCUGCAGCUCGCAGGAAGAAGCAGAAGCUUCCCGAGAAGCAAUUACAGGAUAGAGUGGCUGCACUCCUGCCCGAAUCUGCUUUGUACACCCAGCUCCUUGAGUUUGAGACUCGUGUUGAUGCUGCUCUGGCUAGAAAGAAAGUUGACAUCCAGGAGGCCCUUAAAAUCCCUCCUUGUGUUCAGAAAACCCUCCGUGUAUAUGUUUUUAACACUUUUGCUAAUCAGAUGCGGACAAUUCCUAAGAAGCCAAACGCUGAGCCCCCUACUUGGACACUUAAGAUAAUUGGGAGGAUUUUGGAAGAUGGGGUAGAUCCUGAUCAGCCCGCGGCUAUGCAGAAACCAAGCCCAUUAUAUCCAAAGUUCUCGUCUUUCUUCAAGAGAGUCACCAUUUCCUUGGAUCAGAGGCUCUAUCCUGAUAACAAUAUGAUAAUAUGGGAGCAGGCGCGAUCACCUGCUCCUCAUGAGGGCUUUGAAGUUAAGAGGAAAGGUGAUAAAGAGUUCACAGUGAAUAUUAGGUUAGAAAUUAAUUAUGCCCCUGAAAAGUUUAAACUAUCACCGAUUUUGAUGGAACUUCUAGGUAUUGAGGUUGAUACUCGUCCGAGAAUUAUAGCUGGAAUCUGGCAUUAUGUAAAAGCUAGAAAAUUGCAGAACCCAACUGAUCCUUCUAUCUUUAAUUGUGAUGCAACUCUUCAGAAAGUGUUUGGGGAAGAAAAGAUGAAAUUUACUAUGGUUUCUCAAAAAAUAUCGCAUCAUUUAUCUCCUCCACAGCCUAUACAUUUGGAGCAUCAGAUCAAGCUUUCGGGGAAUAGCCCAGCUGGACAUGCAUGCUAUGAUAUAUUAGUUGAUGUGCCCUUUCCAAUACAGAAGGAAUUGACUGCUUUAUUAGCUAACACAGAGAAAAACAAAGAGAUAGAUGCUUGUGAUGAAGCAAUAUGUGCUGCUAUAAAGAAAAUCCAUGAGCACCGCCGGAGACGGGCAUUCUUUCUUGGUUUCAGUCAAUCACCGGUGGAAUUCAUUAAUGCUUUGAUUGAAUCUCAAAGCAGGGAUCUGAAGCUUGUUGCUGGAGAACCUAGUCGUAGUGCUGAAAAGGAGCGUCGGUCGGAUUUCUUCAGUCAACCAUGGGUUGAAGAUGCCGUGAUCCGAUAUAUGAAUCGAAAGUCAGCAGGAGGCGGUGAUGCUCCUGGAAGCGCAUGAGCGGUAGGCAGCUGCAGAAAGUGAUGCUUCUGAAUUGUAGGGCCAAUAUACAUUGUCAAUCCCGCUGCUUGAUUCUCAUCCAUACAUCUUUUUUUCAUCCUGUCAAGAAGUUGGAAAGAUACAUUGGACCUGAUUUGAUGCCUGUGGAACAAGAACACUGUUUUGGCCAUCUAGCAGUAAAAUGCUCCUUCUACUUGCUCAGGUUCCUGAUAUUUUGAUAAUGGUUGCUUUGAUUUAUAAAUGAUUGACUAGUAGGUGCUCUGCAGUGCCUGUUUUGCAUCAGUCUGUAUUCUGGAUAUUGAAAUAUUAUGUAUGUAGAAAUCUCCUACUAAAGAAGAAACUAUCAAUGUAGAAAUCAAAUGUGCUCAUUCAUCAACUGUUAUACAAGUUAGCAAGGUCAUUUCCAUA